AUGUACUGCGGAAAUACCGUCGUGAACACGAUCGCAUUUCUGGACGAGGGGUCCUCUUACACACUGGUGGAAAAGUCACUAGUUACCAGAUUGGGAGUACGUGGAUCGAUCCAACCACUACGAGUGACAUGGACAGCCGGAGUAUCCCGGGUCGAGAAAGACUCACAGAAGAGCCUGAAACUACCGCAGCAUUCCCUAUCCCUGUCGCAGAUCGUGAAGCAGUAUGCACAUUUACGUGGUCUACCGAUAGCCGAUUUUCAGCAAGCCGCACCGCAGAUUCUCAUCGGUUUGAAAGACAUCCACCUGUACGCGCCGAUAGAAUCACGCAUAGGUCGACCGGACGAGCCAAUAGCGGUCAGAUCGAAGCUUGGCUGGACGGUCUAUGGUCCAACGGGCACCGGAGCAUUGGACAGCGCAACCAUCGGGCACCAUUCGUGCAGUGUGUUGUCGAAUCAGGAGCUCCACGACCUUCUUAGGAGCAACUACACAAUGGAAGAAUCGGGGAUUUCGGCCGCGUUGCUGCCUGAAGCAGAGAAAGACAGAAGAGCUAGGGAGAUCAUGGAGAAGACGACUGUGAGAGUGAGAGAUCGUUUUGAGACAGGCCUGCUAUGGGCAGAGGACGACCCCAGUUUUCCCGACAGUUAUCCAAUGGCAGUGAAGCGUCUGCAGUGUAUGGAGAAAAAAAUGCAGAAAGAUCCUGAACUGUACGACAAGGUUCGCAACAUGAUUGCCGACUAUUUGGUGAAGGGUUACGCACACGUAGCCACACCGGCGGAGUUAGCGGAGUUCGACAGUAAUAAGGUGUGGUACAUUCCCCUGAACGUUGUCUACAACCCGAGGAAAAAUAAAUAUCGCUUGGUGUGGGACGCAAGAGCAGAAGUUGGAGGAGUCUCACUGAACUCGAAACUUCUGAAGGGCCCGGACAUGCUAACCACACUCCCUGCGGUACUCUGCAAGUUCCGUGAACAGAGAAUCGGUUUCGGCGCAGAUAUCAAGGAGAUGUACCACCAGAUGUUGAUGCGGACAGCUGAUAAGACAGUUCAAGACGCACUGAUUUUUUUGUUCCGAAAUGAUUCCUCGUCGGCACCGGUGGUGUAUGUCAUGGACGUAGUGAUAUUCGGUGCCACCUGCUCGCCGUCGCUGGCGCAGUUUGUUAAAAACCGGAACGCAAAAGAGUUCGCAAAACAGUUCCCGAAAGCUGCAGAGGCUAUCGUUGAAAACCACUACGUCGACGACUAUUUCGACAGCGCCGAAACUGUUGAAGAAGCAGUGCAGCGGGCGCAAGACGUGCGAUAUGUGCAUUCUAAGGGUGGAUUCGAGCUGCGGAACUGGGUGUCCAACUCAGAAACAUUUCUUGGAGCUAUGGGCGGGCAGAAAACUGGUCAGUGCGUGCGAUUCUGCGAAGAUAAAGAAGCAGAUUACGAGCGAGUGCUGGGAAUCGUGUGGAAUUCGGCCAGCGAUGAAUUCUCGUUCUCUACAAAGCUGAAGGACGAGCUUGUUCCGUAUCUUUCCGGUGAGCGACUACCGACAAAGAGAGUAGUCAUGAGCUGUGUCAUGAGCUUCUUCGACCCGUUAGGAUUGUUGUCCUCCCUCACGUUCUUCAGGAAACUUUUAAUCCAGGACUUGUGGCGAAGUGGCUGCGAUUGGGACCAGCAAAUCGAUCGAGAGUGCACUGAAAAAUGGAAUCAGUGGAUCGCCAGGUUACCCGAAGUAGAGGAAGUUCGGAUUCCUCGCUGGUAUUUUCAAGGUGGGCAGGUCGGUCAAAAAGAAUACAGCAACAUACAGCUGCAUGUCUUUGUUGACGCAAGCGAGAACGCCUACGGUGCCGCGGCGUACUUCCGGAUCGAGACGCCUAGCGGUCCAGUGUGCUCUCUGGUGAUGGCACGGUCAAAAGUGGCACCGUUGAAGCAUCUGUCGAUUCCUCGCCUGGAGCUGCAAGCGGCCGAGCGAGGAGCUAAGCUCGCCAAUUCUAUCGUCGAAAUGCAUUCUCUGGAGGUAAAGCAGCGAUACAUCUGGAGCGACUCAAAGACAGUGCUGUCGUGGAUCCAUUCAGACCAUCGCCGGUAUAAACAGUUCGUCGCUUACCGGAUUGGCGAAAUCCUUAACCUCACGAAGCUGGACGAAUGGCGCUGGGCUCCAACAAAGGUCAAUAUAGCUGACGCGAUGACGAAGUGGGCGAAAAAGCAUAGCUUGUGUUCUGAUGGACCGUGGUUCCGUGGUCCAGAUUUCCUCUACCAAUCGGAGGACAAAUGGCCGAAGCAGGACAGAAUCACGCCGAACGUUGCAGAAGAGAUUCGGGCUUGUCUCCUGUUCCACGAUGUUGCAGUAACAGACCCGAUGGUGGAUGUUCAUAGGUUUUCGAGAUGGAAGGUGCUAGUCCGGACGGUAGCAUGCGUAUUCCGAUUUGUGACAAACUGCAGAAGAAAGCGAGAUGGAUUGAGCAUCGAAGCGUUACCGACAACCGACAAGAUGAAGAAGCUUGUGAAGAAAAGCAUACCGACAUUGAUGACGCCAUUGAAACGAGAGGAGUAUCUAAAGGCCGAGACGUACUUAUGGAGAUCAACGCAGGCAGAGGCCUUCAUAGACGAGGUCAAAGCGUUGAAGAAGAAUCUGGAGCUCUCAAGCGGCAGCUGGCGACCAAUAGAGAAGUGCAGUUCCAUCUACAGCCUAAGUCCAUUCCUAGACGAGCAAGAGGUCUUGCGAAUGGAGGGUAGAACGGCGCGAGGAUCGUCUCUACCAUUCGAGCUUAGGUUCCCAAUUAUUCUGCCGAAGAAACAUUCGGUGACCGACAAGCUACUCGAGCACUAUCACCAGCAACUUGCCCACGGGAACGUAGAAACUGCCGUCAAUGAACUGCGACAGCGAUUCUACAUUCCAAGUAUGCGGACGAGGAUGAAGCAGAUUGGGAAGGCUUGCGUCUGGUGUAAAGUGAAGAAGUGUCAGCCGCAGAACCCACGUAUGGCCCCGCUCCUGAAGUCACGUGUCACGCCGAAUUUGCCACCGUUCAGCCACACUGGUGUAGAUUAUUGUGGACCGUUUACGGUAACCGUCGGACGCAGAUCGGAGAAGAGAUACAUCUGCUUGUUUACUUGCAUGUCAACUAGGGCUGUCCACCUCUAA